UACGGUCACAUUUAUUGUACUGACGACGACAUAGCUAAAGUGAUAUUACUUAUUAGUGUAAAAGAAUUAUAAAUAACAAAAAGUAAGCAACGAAAAGUGCGCUACAUUAACUAAGCAAAACAACAACAAAUUGUUAUAAACUAAUAGCAAGCACAGACAGAGCGGCAAGGCCAUGGCAGCAGGCACUACACUACAGAAAGCCAUAGAUCUGGUUACCAAGGCCACUGAGGAGGAUCGGAAUAAGAAUUAUGCUGAGGCCUUACGUCUCUAUGAGCACGGCGUAGAGUACUUUCUCCACACUAUCAAAUACGAGGCGCAGGGCGAGAAGGCCAAGGAUUCGAUACGCGCCAAGUGUCUACAGUAUCUGGAUCGUGCCGAGAAGCUUAAGGAGUACCUGAAGAAGGGUAAAAAGAAACCGAUUAAGGAGGGUGGCGAAAACAGCAGCAAGGAUGAUAAGGAUAAAAAGAGUGAUAGCGACGAUGAUGAUGACGAUGAUCCAGAGAAAAAGAAGCUGCAAAGCAAACUCGAGGGUGCAAUUGUCAUCGAGAAGCCGAAAGUGCAAUGGUCCGAUGUGGCCGGUCUGGAUGCUGCCAAGGAGGCGCUUAAAGAGGCCGUCAUCUUGCCCAUCAAGUUCCCGCAGCUCUUCACCGGCAAGCGCAUACCCUGGAAGGGUAUUCUACUCUUUGGUCCACCCGGUACGGGUAAAUCGUAUUUGGCCAAAGCCGUCGCCACCGAGGCCAACAGAUCCACGUUCUUCUCUGUCUCCAGUUCGGAUCUGAUGUCCAAAUGGCUGGGCGAAUCCGAGAAGCUGGUCAAGAAUCUCUUCGAGCUGGCGCGUCAGCAUAAGCCAUCGAUCAUAUUCAUCGAUGAAAUCGAUUCCAUGUGCUCGGCUCGCUCAGACAAUGAAAACGACAGCGUGCGUCGCAUCAAAACUGAGUUCCUGGUGCAGAUGCAGGGCGUGGGCAACGACACCGACGGCAUUCUCGUCCUGGGCGCCACCAAUAUACCCUGGGUACUCGACUCCGCUAUACGCAGACGUUUCGAGAAACGCAUCUACAUUCCGCUGCCGGAGGCGCAUGCACGUCUCGUCAUGUUCAAGAUUCACUUGGGCAACACCACGCAUGUCCUGACCGAAGAGGAUCUCAAGGAGUUGGCUGGCAAAACCGAGGGUUACUCUGGCGCUGAUAUCUCAAUUGUGGUGCGUGAUGCGUUAAUGGAACCGGUGCGCAAAGUGCAGACCGCGACGCACUUCAAGCGCGUCUCUGGACCCAAUCCCUCCAACAAGGAGGAGACGGUGGAUGAUCUGCUGGUGCCCUGCUCGCCGGGCGAUGCGGGUGCAGUAGAAAUGAACUGGAUGGAUGUGCCCAGCGACAAGUUGUUUGAGCCGCCAGUAACAAUGCGUGAUAUGUUGAAGUCGUUGUCGCGCACGAAACCCACGGUCAAUGAGGAGGAUCUAACGAAGCUGCGCAAAUUCACAGAGGACUUUGGCCAGGAGGGUUAGGCGCAUGCGGGGAUUCGCUUAGACUUACUGUGCCUCGUUGCCAACGAUGGACACCGCCGCGCCACUCAGCACCAUCUGCUAAUUCAAAUUGUUGUUGCCUCUAUAUAUAGCAUAUAUAAAAACGAAAGCGAGAGAGAGA